AUGUCUACAGAAAAUACACUUCCGGAGUUGCACUGUUGUGUUGUAGUAUAUGUCCCAUCAGAUAUUUACACUUCCGGAGUUGUGCCGUUGUGCCGUAAAUGUCACAUGGGUGAAUUGGGAAUGUCACAUGGGUCACAUGAGGGAUGCGGAAGUUAUUGUCCGAACGAUGUUUCAAUUUACCAAUUAACAAACUCUGGAAUCACUGGCUCGAAUAUUUGCAUUCGAUGA